CGGGUUACCUGUGGUUUUAUUUGCGCCUGCGCAUUGCACAUCUCUCCGCGUGUAAUACAAAAUGGCGUCGCUGCGAAGAGGAGCUACAAGUUCUUCUCGAAUUGUCAGACAAGUUGUUACAGCGUCUAGAAUGAAUGCUACGCGUAUUUCGUUAGCAAGGGUGGCAGCAUGCUUACCUGCCAUCCACAGGAAUGCAAGCGAGACAAACAUGGUGAAGCAAGCACAUCAAAAGUACUUUAGUUCUUUCCCAAAGUUUCCUGCAGCAACUAUAGUCUCGUUAAUUCCAACAAUAGAGGGAAGCUCAUUAGAAGAAGGCGGAUCAGGAUCCAGUGAGGUUUUAGAGUCCCCUAGUGGUGAGGAUGAGGGGCUAGUAACUCCGGCGGCAGGUGUUUUGGACGACUUAUGACACUAACUUCACCUGAGAGAAUAAAGCGCCAAGCACUACCUGUCUUUACUUUUCGGAUAGAUGUUUAAAACGGUGAAUAGUUACUACAAUUUGAAACAAGCCAUGUAGUGGGACAACUUGUAUCUCUGUACACUUCAUAGGCGCUCAUCAUGAAUUUGAGCAUGCAUAUUUUUAGGUAAUAUUUCCCAUGUUCUUAUUUCUUUCUAUUUGGCCUAUUUUGGCCAAUAAAAGUUCAGGAAGUAUGAAGGCUUAUUACGAAAGCAUGCAUGCUUGAUUAAAAAAAUUGCAAACAGUUCUCAUGGUUUGAUGCAAAAGCUAGUGUAACGUGUGGGUAGUAGAAAGAACUUGUGAGAAAUACUGUUGCUUGCAGUGCAACAUUGGUGUGUUUUCCAUUUAGUUUUAUGUAACAUGUAGUUUUGUGGCAAGAUUCUCUCAGGUGAUGCACUAAUCUUGUUUUGACAAGAGAUAAUAAAGUUUUUAAGCCCAGUAGGGGAUUUUGUCUUGUAAAUUUUAAGCCUAGAAUAAUAUUAAAUAUAUUUUCUGUUAAAUCAUUGUGUGUCAAGUUUGAUUGUUUUAUUUUUUAUGAAUUUGCACUAUAACUCCAUAAUUUAUGACAAUAAACUUGUUACUACAGUAAA